AUGAAUUAUACCCUGUGUAUGAGGUUUGAUAACUUGAGAAAAUUUUUACCCGAUGAAUUAAACAUAUCUACAAAGAAUGAUAUUAAUAGUUUAGGGAACAUUAAGAAGUAUUGCUCUAAUGGAGAAUCAGAGGAAACAGGAUGUAAGACUGAUAUCGAUAAGAUAAAUGGUGCUUGUCUAUGGUUGUUCGACCAAUUGCUUUUGAAAAAUAAAAAUAAUAUCAACAUGGCUGAAUAUAUUAUUAUAUGGUUAAUUUAUAUGCUAAACCUAAAAAAUGAUAAAAAAAUCAAGAAUUUUAAUGACUUUUAUACUAAUUAUAUAGAAAAAAAUAGGUAUUAUAUUAAGUGUGAUAAUAGUGGUAAUGAUUGUAGUGAUAAAUUAAAAAUUAAUACAGGAUAUACAAAUUAUAAGGGAAUCAUAGAUAAAAAAAAUGAAUUGUUGAAUAUUAAUUUUGAGCAUGUGCCUAAAUUGUAUGAUGCAUUUAAAUCAUUAUGUAUCAUGUAUACUGAAAUUAGUGCAAGCGACAGAAAAGAUAAGAAAUAUUUAGAAAAUGCUAAAAAUUUUGUUAACAAAUAUAAUGAACUUAACAAUCCUAAUAAUACUAAAGAUAGCGCCUAUUAUCAAGUAUUGUCUACAUUAUCAAAUGAUUAUAAUAAUUUUAAAAAUUAUUGUAUUAUAAUUAACGACAAUUGUAGCGAUAUUCCGCUACUUUCAGAUAUAAAAACAACACAAAAUUCUGAAACGAGUUCUAAAGUUACACCAUCAAGUUCGUCGGUAACAAACAAAUUAAUUCCAGUUUUAUCGAUAAUUGUUGCAAUACCAAUAUUCUUUGGAAUUUUUUAUAAGUAUUCGUUAUUUGGAUUUCGGAAACGAACCCCAAAACAACACUUAAGAGAAAAACUAAAAAAAUAA